AUGUCGCCAUCCCAAGGCAUCGCAGCCACGCAACUUCACCAGCUGAUCUACUACCACCUUGACAAUGACCUUCUCGACACGGCGAACUUCCUCGCCGGCCGCCUGCAUGCCCUCGAACCGCGAUCAGGCGACUCCGCGCACCUUCUCGCCCUCACCUACUACCGCCAAUCCCGUUACAAGGCCGCCUACGACUACAGCCAAAAGCAUGGCUCCACAGGGAAACAUCUCGGCUGCGCCUACAUCUUCGCCCAGUCUUGCCUACGGCUUGGUCGGAAUACAGAAGGAUGUACUGCGCUGGAGAAGGCUAAGAGUUUUUGGGUCGGCAGACUGAACUGGAAGAAGCAUUCGGAGACGACUCGACGACACUUACCCGAUGCGCCGGCUGUGUAUACACUGAUGGCAAAGUUAUGGCAAGCGCAUGGCGAUGCGAGGAAAGCUGGCGACUGCUAUAUCGAGGCACACAAGGCAAAUCCCUUUGUAUGGGAGGCGUUCGAAGGACUGUGUAAGAUAGGUGCGGAUCUGAAAGUGGAGAACAUGUUCCGAGGUGCACAAGAAGGCGGUAGUUCUGCGCCGACGAGCACUGCUGGCGGUGGGGUGCCAGAGAUUUAUACGGACGAUGCGCCAUUGCAGACUCAGCCACUUGCGCUGCAGCACAAUUUCAACCAGCAGGUGCUGACACCUUCAGCAGAUCCUUUCAACACCAGUAGAAUUGGUGCAGAGGGAGCCCAGUUCAUGCUGCCGAAUGCGAAGGGCAAGUCUUCGAUGUUUGGGACCUCGCGACAGCAGGCUAGCGACUGGGACACGCCGACAGCUAAUGGCAGUCUGGCGGAGGAUGAUGUGGCUAUGGGAGAGACGAUGGUUCAGGACGAAGAUGCUUUUGGUGGUCCACCUGCUGCUCCAUCGCGGCGAGCAAGACCAGUUGCACAGUCUGAGGUGCUGGAGCGGCCACGGCAUCCUUCAGCACGAACUCAUCUGGCGGGUUCUGAGGCUGCCGUAGUAGAAGACCCAAUGAGACCUAGUCUAGGUGGCCAAAAACGGACAGUAUCGGGACAGACGUCUGUAUCAAUCUCUGUAGUUGAUUCUGGAGCUCCACCGCGGAGAAGUAAUCGGCUCUUCGGACAAGCAACUACCACGACCCGGACGACGCGAUCAGCCGCGGAUACCAUAUCCUCUCUUGCGAACAAAGUUGAUCGGACUGUACGGACCGCAAAGCCUGCGACAGGCGCGAAAGGUCGAACAGCUUCCACAGUCGGCCGAGUCGUCAGUGGGAAUCGUAAGGUCAUGCCACAGGAUCCGGCAGACAAAGAACGAGAGAAGCGAGCACCGAGUCGAAACAGCGAGAAGUCUAGUGUACCGGGUGUGACAUCUGUGGUACUGCAGAAGCCGUCCACUCAUGCUCUGCCACAAAUAACAGACGCGCAAGCCGAAGAACAAGCCAUGUCCAGCUUACUCGACUCCUUCCGACAGCUAGCAGUUGGCUCAUACGCGGUGGCACGUUUCGACCUAGCAAAAGCUAUCCAGACCUUCCGCACCGUGCCAACUUCCACACGUGACACACCAUGGGUGCUCGCCCAGCUGGGCAAAGCUUUCUACGAAGCAGCCGACUACCGUAAUGCCGAGGAAUCCUUUGCAAGGUUAUUGAAGAUGCAGCCCACUCGGGUGGAUGAUAUGGAGAUAUACUCUACCGUCCUGUGGCAUUUGAAGAAAGAAUCUACUUUGGCAUUUCUAUGUCAUAGUCUACGGGAUCAGGAUUUCCAUGCGCCGCAGGCAUGGUGUGCAGUCGGAAACGCCUUUUCGCUUUCCCGGGAACAUGACCAGGCUAUUUCGGCCUUCAAACGAGCAGUCCAAGUCAACGAGAAAUUCGCUUAUGCCUGGGCGUUGAUGGGCCACGAAUACAUCACCAAUGAGGAAUUCGAAGCAGCGCUCUCCGCUUUCCGAAAGGCAGUGGCGAUCGAUCGCCGCAACUACGGUGGCUGGUACGGCCUAGGGAAAUCAUACGAACGGAUGGGUAAGCUGGAGGAGGCCGAGAGGCAUUAUCGCAUAGCUUCCACCAUUAAUCCCUCCAACGCCACCCUCCUCGUAUGUAUCGGUGUGGUGCUGGAACGACUACGGAAUCGGAAAGCUGCGUUGGCGAAUUACACAAAAGCGCUGGAGAUUCAACCCAGUUCCGCACUGGCGCGGUUCAAGAAAGCUCGGGUGUUGAUGCAUAUGCGGCUUUAUGACCAAGCACUAGAGGAAUUGGGCGUGCUGCGGGACCAGGCACCGGACGAGGCGAAUGUGUGGUUCCUCUUGGGCAAGUGUUGGAAGGGGCUGGGAGAGAAGAGUGAAGCAUUAAGGGCGCUGACUACUGCAUUGAAUCUGGAUGUCAAGGCUGCACCCUUCAUCAAAGAAGCUAUGGAAGCGCUUGAUGAGGAUGAUGAGGAAAGCAACGAAUCCCACCUCCUCCCAUACGCAGGCUACGCCAAUCCCGCCCCCGACAACCAUACCAAAGGCUGGAAAGUCUACGUGCGCCCUUUACCCAACGGCCCGGACCUGACGACGUGGCUGAAGAAAGUACAAUUCAAACUCCAUCACACCUACACCGAUGCCUCGCGGACAAUCGAAGCCCCGGGCCCGUACGAGGUGAGUGAGACCGGGUAUGGCGAGUUUGGGGUGGAGAUUAGACUCUAUUUCGCGAGUGAGAGUGGAGAGAAGGCGGUGUAUCGGGAGCACUAUCUCGUUCUGGCUCCCUACGGCAGUGAGGAGCAGAAGGCGAAGAUGGAGCGGGAGAAUUUGGUCGUGGCGGAGCGCAUGGAGACCGUGGAGUUCAAUGAGCCUACGAUGGAGUUCUUCAAGACUUUGACGAGUGAAGAUCAAUAUAAUUGGUUAAAGGUGAAGAAGGGAAGGGGCAAGGGCAAGAAACCCGAUUUCGUUUUCGAAGGGGAGGUAGAGCCGACUGCUCAGCUCCCAGAUAAGGCGGAUGCGGGACAGGGUGGGAUGGGUGCGGGAGGGGCGUGGAGUCAGGUUUAUGAGAGGCAGGUGUUGGCACAGUUGGGUCAGAGUGCGGCGAGUUUGGAUCAGGCGCUUGAUGAGGAGAAGAGGGGGAUGGAGAGUAGGAGGAAGAAGAUGGAGGAGUUGGGUGUGGCUGUUUCGGCGAAGUGA